AUGGCGGUGCUCUACCUUUUGGUGUUCUUGGCUUACAAGACGCUACCGGUGAAGCGCGCCUUACAGUAUCACAUGAAAGGCCUGCAGGACUACCACUUCUCUGGAGUCCACAGGCUGAGCGGUGAGUCUCAGCCCGCAAAGAGGCACGGCCCUACGGGAGGCCACGACCUCAUUGAAGAGAGCGAUGCUCUGCGAGCUACCCUGGCCAAUGGCCAGGAGGAAGGUCGCCCUGACAGUGGCGAACAAACAUGGCGCUACUACGACAUCCUCGACGUGGCCCGCGACCUCCUUGACCACGUCAGUGCCACGCUGACUCAAUUUGGCAGUUUUGCACAGGAACAUGCCCAAGGCCUCCUGCACAGUUUCUACGCGGCACAGAUGGGAGCCCUCCUUGCCCUCAUCCUCUCCGCCGGAAGCCAAGGACCACCCACAUGCAGGAGGCUCUCCCGCCUCUCGAAAAGCUGCCCACUUCGAAUGCUUUUGGCUUUUUCGGUUGUCGCUGUUGGGCAAGCGGUCCCGACACCCGGAUCUAGCCUCCCAGAACGAGAUCCGCGAGCAGGACCUCUACCUUCUCCGGCAGUCCCUCGCCAAACAGAUCUGGAGUUGUGGACCUCCGGACAGCUCACUCUUCGAGAACAACUUCUUCGAGCUGAUGUGGAUAGGUCGCCCCUGCUAGAAACCGAAGCAAGCGACAUGCCUCCCCCACCAGCUGAUCCGAACCCUACCGGGCACGAAAACGAUGCAGCUAUGUCCGAAGAAGACCGAAGAGCUGUACACAUUACAGUGUGGACAACGUCGCCGCACUUUGGCCAGGAAACCAUCGACAUUGGAAUGGGAUUCCCCUUGACCUCUCAACGAUUCUGUGAUGCGGUUGUUUCCACGUGCCGAAGUAUGCCCACAUAUGCGGAGACUGCAGUCCCUACGAUCCCACAACUGGGGUCGCACUUCGGCAGCUGUCUCCUCGUACCAUCUUGGAUUCCUGCUGACGGUAAGACCGUCAUGUUGAUGGACAACCGGGGAAUAGGGGGCGAGCUCUUUGCCUUCUACCACACCGGUCCCAUAUCGCAGAGAUCCCUCGAAAGGCAACUCCCGGAGGAUGCGGCUGAUAUCGACAUCUACCUCUUCGGGAACCGAACAGCGUUGCAGCCGACCGACUCUGUCGAUGCUAUCCAAGGAGGCAUCAUCAAAACGGUUUUCGCUGGGGAAUUCUGUGCCUGGGAGGACUCUCUGUCGGACAGACUUACGGACCCCUCGAGAUGGGAUCCCAGACAGCAUCCACCAGGCCUAAGCCGGGGUUCACAUGUUGUCUAUCAAACUCCUGAGAACCAGCUUGUCUUUGAGGACCUCCCGGAUGCAGACCAGCGCCGAAAUGACCUGGCUGAUCUUCUCAUGGGUUUCCAGCCAGGACAAAGUUGGAUCGUGGAGCCGGCGCAGCCACUUGACGACCUCACACAUGCAGGUCGCCGCAUCGCUAAACAGAUUGCGGUGAUCCCUGGUCCGCGCUCCACGCCGAUAGACGAUCCGGAUGCCGUCGUCAUCUUUGUCGACUUGAGAGGUCUGGGCAUGUUCCCACAGUGGCUUCUGUUGCCCGGCCCCUUCUUUAACUCCUCCGAGUACUUAGAGGGCAUCCAGGCACCCAGCAUCGAAGGCUGGACCAUGAUCGUGGAGGGAGGAGAGCUCACUGCACAACGAGAUCUCCUUCGAGUUCAGUCAGGGGAAACCCUCAACUUCUUCUUGAAGGAGACUGCUGACCUCACCCCGUCCCCGAUCGGCGAAGAUAGCGACGGAGAUGAUGAAGACGACUCGGAGAAUUCCGACAGCUCUCACAACGACAACCUGCCCAACUCGAGUGACAUUUCUGCUUCACCACCCCCAUCAGACGGCCGACCUCGAGGACCACCUCCACCUCGGCCGGUGAACCGCAGUCGCUCGCCUAGUCGACGUCCCGCUGCUGCUCCACGGGGACAUGGAUGCGAAGCAGGACUUCUGCCAACGGCCCUCGGGGAGGAUGUGGGCCACGAACAAACGGGGGUCAAGAUCGUCUCCCUCGAAGACGUGGUACCGCCCCCGCACUUCGACCUGACUGUCAACCACCUGCAGCUACCUCAUACACCACAACAGCUCGCUACCUUGAUGCGACCGUGGCUCCCAACCUGGCUGCAAUUUUCUUGGCAAGGCCUCAGGUUGCACAAGAACACGCAGAAUGCCAUGCGAGAGCUGGUCCAUUGGAGUGACCUGAUUUCCCAAGCAGGGCAGGCAGACCACGAAGUCUACUUGUACACUGACGGGUCCGCUGACCAGCAGGGCCGCAGCGGCUAUGGAAUCCUCAUACUGCUUAAAGUCGGCGUCUUCAUGGCACUCUUCGGCGCGAUUGGGGAACAGCUUCAAGGUAACGAUCUAUGCCCUUGGAAUGUUCCCGAUGUCCCGGCUCUAGCAGCCGAACAGAUCGCAAUCGCUGCCGCCUUGUUGUGGAUCGCUCAGGCAAGGUCACUGCUUCCCACUGCCAAGUACCACAUCCUCUUCGACUGCAAUGCUGCAGGCUGGUCUGCCUCAGGCCGGUGGAACGCUCCAAACUCCUUUGCCGAGCGCACCCACCAGUUCGAGCUCUUCCUGAAAGAGCUCCCGCAAACAUGGAUUGAAUACAGCCAUGUCAAAGGCCACAGCGGGGAUCCAUGGAACGAAAUGGCGGACGCGCUGGCCAAGGCCGCGGCCAAGGGCGAUCCCUCCCUCAAAGGGCCCUCUAUCGAGGUAGUCCAAGCUUUUCAGGCCAACUCCCUCGCAUGGUUGGCCACGGCUGCGUCUGCACUCAAGACCGGAGCAUUGAAGCUUACCAACCUGGGCAUCACAUGGGGAGAGGAGGACUUCAAAGCUUUUCAGCUCGAGCCCUCGCAGUUGAUCCCCACACACAAGCCUGGAGCCCCAGGCUCGACCAACACACCGGUGCCUUUCUCCUGCAAGGUUGGAUCGGCGAACAUCCAAGGCAUCGGGGGGCUUCAUCGAUACAUCGAGGAUCAGUUCCACGCCGAAGGCCUGCAGAUUGUGAUGCUCCAAGAGACCAAAGGAGCAUCCGGUCUAUGCCGGGGACCCCAUUAUCUCCGACUCUCCUCUGAAUCUCAGGGCCAUUGGGGUACAGCCAUUUGGCUGCACAGGCAGAAGGGAGCCAUCCAAUUCAACGGCAAGCCGGUUGUUGUUGACGAGGCCAACAUCGAGCUCCUCUUCGAAGGACCCCGGCUACUGGCCAUACAGAUCGUUGAGUCAGGGAUAAAAAUCGCAGUUCUGGCAGGGCACUGUCCUCAUGCUGGACGAGUUGAUGAGAGAGAUGCCUUUUUCAACGACCUCAAACCCACUUUGGCCAGGUGCAGACAGGCCCAAGUUGUGGUGUUUGGUAUUGAUCUGAAUGGACGUUUGCCCACAAACUACCAGUGCGUCACGGGCUCCCUGACUUUCGACCCUCCCGAUCACACUGGAUGGUUGAUGGCCAAUGUCAUGGCCGACUAUGGUCUUUGGGCCCCAGCCACCUAUGGGUCCCUCCACAAAGGGGACCCAGCGACCUAUACUCAUCCUAAUGGCCAGCAAAGCAGGAUCGAUUACCUGCUCCUAGGAGGGAAAGCCGAGGUUCUUUCUCUGGUCAGUGAUUCCGUGCCCAGCUUCGACAAUGGUAGUCCCAAUGAAGAUCACAAAUUGAUUGUCUUGGAGUUUGAAGGAGAAGCACUCCAAAGCAACCUUGAAGCUCGUCUCCAGCUUCCGCGCUAUGACACCGAGGCCAUGCGAACAGAGCAAGGACUACCUACAGGACGCCCUCAGCUGGUGGUUCCCGAAGCCCCCUACCUCAAGACGCGACAGUUGUGGAGCAGCUUUGCGGCGACUGCCUUCCGAUGCUGGCAGAAAGGAGUCCCUCUGACCAACCAGCAGGGCCUCCGAAAGCACGCUAUCCUCUACGAGACCAUUGCGGUUGCGAUCAAGCUCGUCACCAAGAAAAUCAAGACCUUGAUCGCCAAGGGCAAGAACGACAUGCUGGGGUCCAUUGUCCGAGAAGGACCGCAGGGGGUCUCUGAGGUUCUACAGCGCGCAAAGCGCGCAGGACUUGGGGGUCAAAAGACGCGGCCUGUGGUCCGCCCUCUCCCGGCCCUACUGCAUCCGGACUCAGGCGAGCUGGCCCGGUCCAGACAGGAUCGUGAUCAAAUUUGGCUCCUGCACUUCGGAAGGCAAGAACAAAGUGUCAUUCGAAAGACAAGUGAUUUUCUGCGUGACGACCAGCGGAUGGAGCACUCGGAGACUACAUGGAAGUGCGAAUGGCUCCCGUCACUCACAGACUUCGAGAGCCUGAUGCGGAAAGUCAAGCCUGGGAAAGCUGGAGGAUUAGAUGGUCUCCCAAGCGAUUUGCUCGCUGCAUGCCCGACAGGUAUGUCGCAGAUCACGUACCCCCUGUACCUCAAAUCCCUCCUCACCUUCCGCCAACCGAUUCAAUGGAGAGGUGGCGUCCUCUUUGAAUUGUUCAAGAGAUCAGGCAUGCAAAGCCAGGUUGAGAGUCACCGCAGCAUCUUCCUGAGCAGCCACUUGGGCAAAGCGCUGCAUAAAUCCCUUCGGACCAAGAUCCGUGGCGAGGUCCAGUGCUCACUGCACCCGCUACACUUUGGAACGAGAGAUUCGGCCCCAGUUCUCUUUCCAAGUUUGUAUGUGGCCUCGCACUUCAGACGUUGUCGCCGGCUUGGCCACAGCGCGGCGGCGCUGUUCGUCGACACAAAAAGCGCGUACUACCGGGUGAUCAGGGAGGUCGCCACUGGGGUUAUCACCCAAGACUCCACGCUGGUCUGGUUGUUCCGCCGCUUUCAGCUCAGUGAGGACGAUGUGGACGAGCUUCGCACCAUUAUCCAACAAGGUGGUAUGUUGGAAGCAUUUGACGUCCCACCUCCCAUCCGACAAGCAGUGCGCGACAUGCAUUUUCGGACCUGGUUUAUCACCCGGUACUCCCAGGGCGAUGAGAUCGGACAGGCUUUCGCCGGGUCUCGCCCAGGCGAGGCCUGGGCUGAUACCAUCUUUGCAUUUAUAUAUGCAAAGGUCCUCUACAAGGUCCACGAGUGCAUGGAUGCGGAGGGCCUCCUCUUCAGACUACCCUUCGACCAGGAGUCCGGCAUCUACGCAACCGGGGGCCAAGGCUUCGAGGAGCCUUCUUGGGACACUACAUGGGCAGACGACUCGGCCUUCCCAUUGGAGUCUAGCGAGCCCGAAGCGCUACUGGUGAAGACCAAACGAGUCGGCUCUCUCGUCAUCGGGCUCUUUCAAUCAUGCGGAAUGGAGGUCAGUCUGAAACGCCACAAGACGAGCUUGAUCAUUCAGCUCCGGGGCAAAGGCGCUGUUCGGGCUCGUCGCCGCUUCUUCUCCUCGGGCAAAGCAGCGCUCUUCCUCGAGGAUCUUCAGCUGAGCAUUGACAUUGUCCCCUACUACCGUCAUCUUGGCGGCGUCAUUGAUGGCCGCAUGGACUUGGGACAAGAGGUCCGACAUCGAUUGGGCCUGGCGGCUUCUUCAUAUGAAGCGGCCAAGUCCCUCCUGCUGCAGAACAGGGAUUUGACGCUCCGUACUCGCAGUGCGGUCUUCCAGUCCACCGUGCUGUCCACUUUCUUCAACCUUGCACUGUGGCAGGUUGACAGCAAGAACUGGACGGCAUUGGCUGAUGGCUUCUCGCGUCUGGUGCGGCGUCUGCUAUGCCGAGAGGUUUCUGGUCCUGACUUCUACCGCAUCCCGGCCCCACUCGCGCACUGGGUGACGGGGAUCUGGCCACUAUCCUUCUACGCCAGACGGAGUCGUCUAUCCUUGCUGGUCUCCAUGGCCAAAGCAGGACCGGCAACGCUUUGGGCCAUUCUACAAGACGAAGGCUCCUGGAUUGGGCAACUGCGACAGGACAUCGCAUGGCUGGUCCAUGGAGAUGAGGUCAACUGGCCUCGUCCUUGCGAAGCGGCCUGGCCGCAGUGGUGGCAACUGCUCAGAGACGCGCCACAAAGAAUCAAGAGACGCACCAACAAGCAGCUUGCGAAGGACUUCACCGUGUACCAGGAGGAGAUGACUAACCAGCUAUGUUUGUGGACCCUGUUCAAAACGGUGGCGAAUCCCGGCCAAACAGGUUCUGCUGCUUGGCCUUGUCGAUCCUGCAGAAAGUCCUUCAGCAGCAGGGCUGCUCUAGGCGUCCACUUCUUUAAAGUUCACGGUCGCUGCGCGGAGUAUCGCUACUUCAUCGCUGGGACUGUUUGCUUGGUCUGCCAGAAGCAGUUCUGGACAGAGGGAAGGCUUGAAGACCAUGUACGAGCCUCCUCCCACUGUGCCAAGCGAUGGCCUACUCUUGGGCAGAAAAAGUCCGAAGCUGCCCCCGGCUAUGGCAGCAAAAAGCGUCGACAAAAGGAGAUCGAGAACUUCACUCUGGCUCCACCAAGCCAGAUGGCCAAGCAGAACAUCCACAUCGAUGCUCACGAGUGGACCAGCUGGCAACAGGGUUUCUACCGAGCCCUUUGCGACUUCUUCUUUGACGCUGACUCCCCCACGGACCCCCAAGCGUGCUACCAGGCUCUCGACAAGAUUGCGGCCGAGCACCACCUCUACCCGGCAGAGCUCCAGGCGGUGCUGCACUUCCUCAUCACCGAGAUCGAGAUGCUGCAGUCAGACGAGGCGAUCCGACCAUGGACUUCGCAGCAAUACCAAGCCUGGAUUGUAGCUGCCCGAACCCUCCUUGAAGACGAGGUAGUCUACGAUGAUGGACAACAAGUGCUCAAGGAAAUGCCUACUCUUGCGACUUUCAAGGAAAGGAUGCAAGACUUCGACUUGGGCGAGGCCAUCCGCGAGAUUGCCGGAGAUGACGUGACCCGAGACAAGCCGUUGUACUCACUGGACAGUUGCUGGGAAGAAGCGUGGCGACUGUACAGGGACGGCUUGGAUAACGCAUCCGUCGUCAGGGACCCCAGCCUUCUUUUGCCAAAGGAGCUGCAGCAUGCUUGGCUGCGACUGCUCAGCGGCAAUCGUCCGCAAGUAGCAGCGCCGGCUUCCUUUUGGCGCCACCCUCUGGCUAUCGCCUUUGAGCCACUUAAGAGGGCUUUUGCAAGUCUGUAA